CCUCCCUAGAGCAUCCCCGCCCCUUAAUAGCUUUUUUAAAUUUAUUUUUACCUUCCGAAGAUGGCGGCGACGGUGCUCCUGAUCCCGGGGUGGGGUUAAGGGCAGGCGUUCCUGGCUCGGAAGGCUCUAGCACCCAGUUACUUGAAUAUCCAAGAGGAAAUUAAGAAUCCCAUGUAACUCAAAAGCUGGCACAGUUCAUUUUCAACACCAGCUGGGUCAGGUGCGCCCACUGUCCUUCUGAGGCCCAGGAAGAAGACCUUGUCUCCCACCGCCAUGCUCCGAAGGGUUCUCGACCGGCCCUGCACUUUGGCUCUCCUCGUGGGCUUCCAGUUUGCCUUCAUGGCCUAUUUCUCCUUUGGCGGCUUCCGGAACUUGGCCUCGAUCUUUGGGCACGACGGCAACCCGGCUUUCGACUAUUCUCGGACCCACGAUGUCUAUGCCAACCUCAGCCUCUUGCCUCAGCAGCCCCGCUAUGGCAGCCCCACGCAGUUUCUGCCCUACUGCCCAGAGCGGUCACCAUACCUCAUUGGUCCCCUGACGGUGAGCUUCAGCCGCGUGCCGACGCUGGGGCACAUCCAAGAGAAGAACGCAGCAGUGGGCGUCGGAGGCAGGUACCACCCUUCCGCCUGCGAGCCACGCUCCCGGACAGCCAUCAUCAUCCCACACCGCAAUCGGGAGACGCACCUCCGCCACUUGCUCUAUUACCUGCACCCCUUUCUCCAGCGCCAGCAGCUGCAAUAUGGAAUCUAUGUUGUCCAUCAGGCUGGGAAUGCCACAUUCAACCGGGCUAAGCUGCUGAACGUGGGUGUGAAGGAGGCCUUGAAGGACGAGGAGUGGAAUUGCCUCUUCCUCCACGACGUGGACCUCAUCCCCGAGAACGACCACAACCUCUACGUCUGUGAUCCAUGGAGCCCCAAGCAUGUCUCCGUCGCCAUGAACAAGUUUGGCUACAACCUCCCGUAUUCGCAGUACUUUGGCGGCGUGUCGGCCCUUACGCCAGAGCAGUAUCUCAAGAUCAACGGCUUCCCCAAUGAGUAUUGGGGCUGGGGAGGCGAGGACGAUGACAUUGCCACGAGGGUGCGCCUGGCCGGCAUGAAGAUCUCGCGGCCUCCCAUCUCCGUCGGCCACUACAAGAUGGUGAAGCACAAGGGCGACAAAGGCAAUGAGGAAAAUCCGCACAGGUUUGACCUGCUGAUCCGGACGCACCGGGUCUGGACUCAGGAUGGCAUGAACUCCCUCUCGUACACACUCCUCUCCAAGGAGCUGCUUCCCCUUUACACGAACAUCACGGCCGACAUCGGCACCAACCCUCGGGCCAUGAAGGGCGGGAAGGGCUCCGUCCCCAGCCUCAGAGGGAGGAACUACCCCAGCGGAAGCAACCACGAUUUCCGGCAGGAGAUGCUACGCAAGACUCCAUUUGCGAAACUCUCCAGGGCCAUGGGUUGGGGGGAAGUGCCCUUCAGCACCAUCCAGGCUCUGUUGGAAUCAGCAAAGGUGGAGCCGUCCACUCCCAAACCGGAGAAGCCGAAAGCAAGCCCCUUGGCAAGGGAGGGGCAGGACAGAUCCCCUGGUUGGACCACCGAAAGCGUCAGGCAGGCGAUCCUCAGAACAGCCGUUCAAACAGAGCCCAGCCCGGAAGUUCCAAAGCGAGCAUCUGAGGAUGCUGGGAAAGAGAAGCGGCUCAGCAGAGCUGGGCAGGCAGGGGUGGACUUUGCCAGGACCCCCUCCUCCGCACUCCAGGAGCCAGCGAGCAAUCACACCGGUCCAGAAAGUGCCAAUUAGAGAGGACGGGCUCCAAGCUGAUGGACACAAGCCCAGCAGCCAAGCCUCAGUUUCUAGAACCAAUUGUAGGUGUUGCAAUAAAAAUGCUGUGGCCCACAGGCCCUUUGGGCUACCUUCUCGGUGUCUGCCAGGUCGGCAGGCAGGGUUAAGGGCCUGACAAACCCUGACUGGACAAUGGAGGGAAAGACUAAGGGGUGGGUGGGGCAAUAUGUGGUAGUUAAGCUCCAUGGUGGAACAGGCUCCACAUUCUCAUCCCUUAGCGGCUGCCUCCAGACUCCCGCUGCUAUGCCCUCCCCUCUUGAAGGCAGGAGACCUUCGCCAUACCUCAGAGGUUCCGUCUACCUUCUGUAGAACAGUAGGCCUCACUGCUGUGUGGGUAAACCCCCUUGCUUUGGGGCUGAAUCCUGCUCCCGGGCACUCCUGGGUCUGUACCGUGAAGGAUAAUCAUGUUGACUUGAAAUCUAUGGGGUGGAGGCUGGGUUUUGGGGGAGGGGGACCGUUGUGUGCAAAUGGAGGAUUGAACACCCACCCAGCCCCAUCAAGCGGCUGGAGGUCCCAUGCAAGCAAAGGCAGGAAUUCCCUGCAAAAGCCCCCAGCCUCGCACCAUCCCAAAUCGGAAGAUGCUGGCCUCUUCUCUCCCUUCCUCUCAGCUUAGUUUCCGAGAGGAUGAGGAGGGGCAUUCUGCAGCCUGUCGCUGCAGGAUGACAUCUUAGAAGGCCGCCGACUAUAUCAAUGUUUUCUUGCUGAGCCAGACUUUUAAAAAUAUAUCCACACACACUAUCUCGGGCUUUAGUUGAUAGUAGGCCCCGUUUUCUUAUUUCUGGUAUCCUCCCUCUCAAGAGGGGAACCGCGCACAGCGAGGUGCCCAUGGUGAACUUGAUUUGAGAAGGGGGGAGACCUGCAUGGGUCUGCUCCAGUGCUGCAAUCAGCUGUUCCACGGAGCUAACCCAGCCCGUGGCCUCUGGCUUCUAGAACCAGGCAUAGCUUGAUGCUGGAAUUUGCGUUUUUUCCCCCUGAGCCAGGCAAGAAAUCCUUUUAUGCCAAGGAUUUGGUCUAUUCUGGGGUUGUAGUGGGGCUUAAUGUUGCCUCUCUGCAGGCCCGGCGCCACAGGGCGGCCAGGUUGGCCCCUCCUUAGGAUGGCACCCUCGUUUCACAGCAGUGUCGGGUCCUGCAACCUGCUGCUGCUGUGGAUCACACAGCUGAAGCUUCCAGGCACCCCCCUCAUGCAGACAGCGUGAGCUUCGAUAUGACCGCCUGCAUGCCCCACCCACCUCUGCUGUCAGUGUGAACGCAGUGCGCGCAUGCCUGCCAUCACCCCAGAUGGCUGUGGGCACUUCCCUAAGGGCAUUCAUUCGGCAUUGACUUGAGAAGGGGGCAGACUGUAUCAGGAGGGGGUGGUCGACGAAGGUGCCACAGGCCCAGGACAGGCUGAUGCCCAGUGGCCCAGUCAUGCCUGCUGCUGGCCUGUCUCUCUGCCUACCCCCCCCCAACUGUUUCUGGGCUACGGUGCAAUCAUUCUUUAAAUGCUGCAACUUCAUUCUCUUUUAUUCCUCACCCACCCUCAAUCCCAGAUAUUCUAGGGUGGCCUUGGCCAACCUAGUGCCUUCCAGCAUGCUGACUGGGGUGUGUGUGUGAUGGAAGUUGUAGUCCAAAACAGCUGGGGGACACCCAGUUGGCAAAGGCUGUUUCUAGGGCCUUUAAGCAAAACUUGUCUUACCCCCCCCCCCCCAAAAAAAGGCUUCCACUGACCAGGCAGGGGAUUUGCCAUGUGAAUGAGGUUUUCCCACACACCCCUUUACUUCCUCUGGCUGGGGAAUCAUGGCUUUUUUUUUGGGGGGGGUAGAUCUCCCUGCUGGAAAGCAGGGAUGACAGGUCUCCAUUGAACAGAAGAUGCAGCCGUUGUGUUUUUCUUAACUAUUACACCCCCCCUUUCGCAGCACUAUUUUCUCAUCCUGCCCCCCCCCCUUGCAGCCUAACCCUUUUCCUCUCAGGGCUGGUCCCAGCCUGCCAUCUCCCCCCCACCCCAGAAAAAGCCCGCUCCUCUUUCUCUCACAGUCUAGCUGUGGCCAACGGUGUGUAGCUAUUUACUCUAUUUAUUGCAGGCCUUUCUCCCUUGCUGUAGUUGCUCUCCCCGUUUGCUUUUUGAUAAACUGAUUUUUUAAAACAUAAUAAUAAAAAAAUUGUCCAUGGAUUAAAA